CGACAGCGCAGCACAGCGAUGCCCAAUUCGACUCCUUUGGCUCCACAAGAUCCGUCGAUUCUUCUAACUUGGGAGACACUGACGAGACUGCUGCGAGCUAAUGAUGGGUGUUUAGGAGCAUGGACUGCCAAUCCCUAACCCCCAUGGGAGAAAACCGUAGCCUAGUAUGUAGGUAUUGCAGCCAGUUCGCUGAUAGCUAGGAACAAACCGCGCUGGCGGCGAAUGAGAGACGGAGCUGUGUUAUGCCCUCCUGCAACCCGUUAUGCAGGACCGGACAGGACAGGAACGAUUCACGCUGCACUGACCGCACACCCUGCCCGUUUGUGCUCCACUGAACCGACCUGGACCACCCAACUUCUCUUCCAACACAACCAUCUAGUUUGCGGCAGGCUCUGCUUCUCCCGUUGUUCUAUUCACUUCCUGGAUGGUGCGGACAUGAUUUGGUUGGAAUAUGUUCGCGGCACGAGCAUCAAACCCCGACGCUUCCACGAUAACAGGAGCGCAAAGCAAUGUGCCUCCUCUUCCGACCCUUGCCGUAGAAGGCUAGCUGGAUACGUUAGGCUUGCCCACCCAAGUUUUUGCAAGAGGAUGAUGACGAUAAUGAUGUUUCUUGCCACUGGGGUUUCAUUGCUAUCGAUUGUCUACUCGGGUUCAACUCCGUGUUCGGGAUGAUUGGAUCUCGGUCGACGAUGGGGUGACGGGUUAGCCCUUCUCGAGCAAGUGGCGGCAGCAGCAGCAGCAGCAUCAGGGGGGUGGGCAGCAGGGCAGCAGGGCACCCUAUCGAUACUACUCAUGUAGUUAU